AAUACCUUGAGUGCGGUUCAGGCCUGGUCUUCAGAGGUUUAGAGUCUUCUCCUUUACGAAAACCAAGAAAAAAAAAACAAGGAACCCUUUCGAAUCCCCAUUUUCAGAGCGGAAACCAGCAUUCAGGGCUUCAGAACAAUUUGUGCUCCAUUUUAAACUAGAUUGCCUGCUCAUCUUUCUUUUUCAAAUAGCUGGCAUAGCCUCCUCCCAAAGCCAAGCAUGGCCAUUUGGAAAUAGCAUUCGUGGGAGCUCGCCUGCCUAUAAAACAGCAGCUUCAAGCCACUAUUUAAAUCCUUGGUAGUUAGUUUGAGCUGAAGAUGAUAAUAUUCUGUCGCUCGGUGGGAUUGUUUUUGAGUUUAUCUUGUUUUUAAUGCAUAAUGUGAUUAAAAUGUAAUUCAAGUUUUCUCUUUGAUAUUAAAUCAGGUUAGCUAAUGUUGUGUCUCUCUCUCACCACUGUUUAUGGGUCACUCUGAUUUCUUGAAUUUGUUGUUCGCUAUUGGUGUGUGGUGUACUGCAUAUAUCACUGUUGCAAUUCUUGCAUCAUUGCGGAUCUUCAAUUCCAUCUGCUCAUCCUGAGUUAGUGAAGCAGUUUGAAAAGUUUGAGAAGCUAUCAUGGGCUAUGCACAACUAGUUAUCGGUCCUGCAGGCAGUGGAAAGUCAACCUACUGCUCUAGCCUAUACCACCACUGUGAAACCCUUGGACGGUCAAUAAAUAUUGUGAACCUAGAUCCUGCUGCAGAAAAUUUCAACUACCCAGUAGCCAUGGAUAUAAGGGGGCUCAUUAGUUUGGAUGAUGUUAUGGAGGAACUUGGGCUGGGUCCAAAUGGUGGCCUUAUGUACUGCAUGGAACAUCUUGAAGAAAAUCUGGAUGAUUGGCUGACUGAAGAAUUGGACAAUUACUUGGAUGAUGACUAUCUAGUAUUUGACUGCCCAGGCCAGAUAGAGCUCUUUUCACAUGUACCAGUUCUCCGUAACUUUGUGGAGCACUUGAAGCGCAAGAAUUUUAAUGUAUGUGCUGUGUACUUGCUUGAUUCACAGUUCAUUACGGAUGUUACCAAGUUCAUUAGUGGAUGCAUGGCAUCCCUUUCUGCAAUGGUCCAGCUUGAAUUACCACAUGUUAAUAUCCUCUCCAAAAUGGAUCUUGUAACAAACAAGAGGGAUGUUGAAAACUACUUGGAUCCAGAGCCUCGGCUUCUUCUGUCAGAGUUAAAUGAACGGAUGGCUCCUCGGUUUAAAAAGCUAAAUAAAUCUUUGAUUGAAUUGGUGGAUGAAUAUAGCAUGGUGAGCUUUAUCCCACUUGACUUGAGGAAGGAAAGCAGCAUACGAUAUGUGUUGGCUCAAAUUGACAACUGCAUUCAGUAUGGUGAAGACACUGAUGUGAAGAUUAGAGAUUUUGAUCCUGAAGAUGAUGAGUAGGCCUGUUGAUGCAUCAGUUGCUGUGAAACGUCAACCAUGUUCCAAAUUUCAUUCUGUAGAUAACUUACGAAAAAAAUGGUCGAAUGUUAUACCAAUCUGAGCUGAGAGCCGUUUUGACUGUGGUAGUUUUGAAAGUACAAUUGGAUUAAAAUGCACCUUGGAUGAUAGAGUAUUGAACUGAUUUUACCCAAGGUGUUCUGAAUGGACCAUAAUUGAGAUUUCUUGUGCAAGAUUGAUCUUGUGGUAUCUCUUUUCGUUGUGAA